CCUCUAGCGGUAGAAAACGCCUUGCGCGCAAUUUAAUGUUCCGGGUUAAAAUCGACAGUUGCUCUAUUCCGCCGCUCCUUUGCGAUAAAAAUACUAGAUUUGCCACGAUGAAAGGAUUCUAUUUGACCCCGAAGGUCCCAACGACACCCCUCCGCGGAAGUGACGAUUGCGGAAACUACUGAUCGGAGGCUUCCUGACCUUUUCCCAGUGAACUUUCACACAUGAUCUUUAGGUCUCGAGUCUCAAAGGAGAGAAAACAACCGUUAGUGGGUCGCGCUGCCCCCUCCUCUUCCUUUCUCCAGUCUCGGACCCCUUGAGUUGACAGCACCAUGGGGGAUGGACUUUCGCCGCUUCAGGCCGGCUUCUUGACAAGCGCAGACCUAAGAAUGCGAGUUCUUCAGUUUGUAGAAGACAGAUUGCAGACAACCAUGUUAACUGGAAUAAUCAUUGGAGCAGCAGUAGCCUUGAGCAUUAUUGGAAUUGUCGUGUGUCUUGUUUACAGGAAGGUCAAACAGUCGAAGCAACCUCAGCCACAAGUGCCUCAGUAUCGGUUUCGCAAGAGAGACAAAGUGAUGUUCUACGGCCGCAAGAUCAUGCGGAAGGUAACAACUUUGCCAAAUACCCUGGUUGGAAAUGCUGUGCCUCGGCAGCGGAUGCGGAAAAGGGCCAAAGUCUUGUCCUUGGCAAAGAGGAUCCUGCGCUUCAAGAAAGAGUCCCCGACCCUCCAGCCCAAGGAACCGCCUCCCUCCCUGCUAGAAGCAGACCUAACAGAGUUUGAUGUGAAGAAUUCCCACCUGCCCUCCGAAGUCCUUUAUAUGCUUAAAAAUGUCAGGGUCCUUGGGCACUUUGAGAAGCCUCUUUUCCUGGAGCUCUGCAAGCAUAUGGUCUUUGUGCAGCUGCACGAAGGGGAGUACAUCUUCCGCCCUGGGCAGCUGGACAAUAGCAUCUACGUAGUACAGGACGGAAAACUGGAAGUCUGCAUCCAGGAGAAUGAUGGCACAGAAGUUGUGGUGAAAGAGGUUCUAGCAGGAGACAGCGUCCACAGCCUCCUCAGCAUACUGGAUGUCAUCACCGGUCACCCUGCCCCAUACAAGACAGUUUCCGCUCGAGCAGCGAUGCCUUCCACGAUCCUGCGGCUUCCAGCUAAUGCAUUUCACGACGUCUUCCAGAAAUAUCCCGAGACCCUUGUGAGGGUUGUACAGAUCAUCAUGGUGAGGCUCCAAAGAGUGACCUUCCUUGCCUUGCACAACUACCUUGGUUUGACCACUGAACUCUUCAAUGCUGAGAAUCAGGCCAUCCCACUGGUGUCAGUUGCAAGCUUAACCUUUGGUGGAAAUACCAACAAAGCGAUCAAAAGGCAGCUGUCCAACCUUUCAGAGGAGGAGAAGGCAGAGAGGCUGGAGAAACAGGGGGAUUCUUUGGAGACUGACACAGGAAAGGCUCUUGGAUCAGAGAGCACCCUCAGGAGGAGCUUGUCUCUGACGUCUCCCUCUGGAUCUACUGACAGUGCUGGAACCUCAAUUGGAGCAAAAGCUGACCUGGACAUGGCUUACGAGAGAGCCCGAGUGUCCUUCUCCUCGGAAGAGGGGCUGUCCAGCACCGCCACAUGCAAGUCCAUCUUAAAGAAGACGGUGACCGUGACGGAAAUGCCCUCGGCUGUCUUCCAUUAUUCCCAAGGCAACCUCGUCUCUCAGGAGCCUGGCGCCAGCAAACAAGUGGAGAGCAUCUUUGAGGCUGCCAAGAAGGAUCUCCUAACUCUGAUGAAGCUGGAUGACCCUUCUCUCCUUAAUGGAAGAGUGAUGCUGCAUCAGGUUACUGCUGGGACAGUGGUGUCAAGGCAGGGUGACCAGGACGUCAACAUCCGGUUCGUGAUCUCUGGGAUGCUCCACGUGUACCAGCGCAAGAUUGACUCGGAGGAGGAGACCUGCCUGUUCAUUACCCACCCAGGGGAGCUGGUGGGGCAGCUGGCUGUCCUGACGGGGGAGCCACUCAUCUUCACCCUCAAGGCCAAUCGGGACUGCACUUUCCUGGCCAUCUCGAAGUCCCACUUCUACGACAUAAUGCGGGAGCAGCCAACAGUCGUCCUGGGUGUGGCUCACACUGUUGUGAAGAGGAUGUCGUCCUUUGUGAGGCAGAUUGACUUUGCUCUGGACUGGAUGGAAGUGGAAGCCGGACGUGCUGUUUACAGGCAAGGCGACAACUCAGAUUGCACCUACAUUGUGCUGAAUGGGCGACUCCGCUCCGUCAUCAGGAUGGAUGAUGGGAAAAAGCAUUUGACCGGUGAAUAUGGCCGCGGGGACCUGAUUGGUGUGGUAGAGGCCUUAACCCAUCAGCCCAGAGCCACCACGGUGCAUGCAGUUCGAGAUUCUGAGCUGGCCAAGCUUCCAGAGGGAGCACUGACAUCCAUCAAGCGGAAGUUCCCCCAGGUGGUGACUAGGCUAAUCCAUUUGCUGGGCGAGAAGAUCCUUGGCAGUCUUCAGCAAGGGGCAGGUCACCCUCUUGGAUUGCACACUUCCAGCAGCAAGUGGGACUCCGGGAACCCGGCCAGCAACCUCUCCACUGUGGCGAUCAUGCCUGUGUCAGAAGAUGUGCCGCUUGCCACCUUUACCUUGGAGCUCAAGCACGCUCUCAGCGCCAUCGGUCCUGCGCUUCUGCUUACCAGUGAUAACAUCAAGCAGCAGCUUGGCUCUGCAGCACUGGACAGUAUCCACGAAUACCGCCUAUCCAGCUGGCUGGGGCAACAGGAGGACAUGCAUCGCAUUGUGCUCUACCAGUCCGACAGCACCCUCACACCAUGGACCCAGCGCUGCAUCCGGCAGGCUGACUGCAUUUUGAUUGUGGGCCUGGGUGAGCAAGAGCCCACCGUCGGAGAGCUGGAGAGGAUGCUGGAGAACACAGCUGUCCGAGCCCAGAAACAGCUGAUCCUGCUCCACAGAGAGGACGGUCCCCUUCCUUCCCGAACUGUAGAAUGGCUCAACAUGCGGAGCUGGUGUUCAGCCCACCUUCACCUCCGCUGCCCCCGUCGCGUCUUCUCCCGGCGGAGCUUGCCAAAGCUGAAAGAAAUGUAUGAGCGUGUGUUUCAGAAGCCUCCAGAAAGACAUUCUGACUUCUCCCGACUGGCUCGCAUCUUGACUGGGAAUGCAGUCGCUCUAGUGCUUGGAGGAGGUGGUGCACGGGGAUGUUCCCAAGUGGGCGUCAUCAGGGCCCUGAACGAAACCGGCAUCCCAGUCGACAUGAUUGGCGGCACCUCCAUCGGGGCCUUCAUGGGUGCCCUGUACGCCGAAGAGCGCAGCUACACCCAAAUGAGGAUCAAAGCCAGGCAGUGGGCGAUGACUAUGAAUUCGGUGUUUAAAACAGUCCUAGAUCUGACGUACCCAAUCACCUCCAUGUUCUCCGGAGCCUCAUUCAAUAAUGGCAUCAGCAAUAUCUUCAAAGACAAACAGAUUGAGGACCUCUGGAUUCCUUAUUUUACCAUCACAACAGACAUCACAGCCUCGGCAAUGAGGGUCCACACGGACGGCUGCCUCUGGAGGUACGUCCGGGCCAGCAUGUCCCUCUCCGGUUACUUGCCCCCUCUUUGUGAUCCAAAAGACGGGCAUCUCCUGAUGGACGGGGGUUACAUCAACAAUCUCCCAGCGGAUGUCGCAAGGUCCAUGGGUGCGAAAGUGGUUAUUGCCAUCGACGUGGGGAGUAGGGAUGAGACGAACCUCACCAAUUAUGGCGAUGCCCUCUCUGGCUGGUGGCUGCUAUGGAAACGGUGGAACCCCCUGGUGGAGAAAGUGAAGGUGCCGAACAUGGCCGAGAUCCAGACCCGGCUCGCCUACGUGUGCUGCGUACGGCAGCUGGAGAUGGUCAAGAACAGUGACUACUGCGAGUACAUUCGGCCGCCUAUUGACCGCUACGGCACCCUGGACUUCGGGAAGUUCAACGAAAUCUGUGAAGUGGGUUAUCAGCAUGGAAAGACCGUCUUUAACGUCUGGUGCAGAAGUGGCGUCCUGGACAAGAUGCUGAAGGACAGGCAGGAACUCUGUCAAACCAAGCCCUCAGGCAUUGUGUCCUGUCCCACAACCUCUUUCACAGAUCUGGCAGAAAUAGUAUCCAGAAUUGAGCCAGUCAAGGCUGCUGUGGUGGAUGACGAAUCUGACUAUCAGACAGAGUAUGAAGAGGAGGUUCUCGGCAGCCACAAAGAUGACUAUGUCAACUUCCUGAGCAACCAGAAUGAAGAGGACUCUGACUCCCAGGACCCAGAAGUCCGACUACGGAAGCGCGUCAGCGUCACCAGCCAGGACAGCCAGGCGAGCAACAUGUCGGAGCUGAGCUAAUCUGCCAUGGGAUCCUUGAGCGGCCGAGGGCCCCACCACGUACUGCCUUCUCGCCAUUACAAACGUGCCUGGUUGAGAGAUGGCUGUGUCGUUUCCUUUCUUGCCUAAGGGCUGAUGCUCAGCCCCCACCCCACCCCAAACUCUGCCCCCCCCCUUUGGGGGCAUAUCUGCAAUAAGCUUCCAGUCUGGCCCGGGGCUGGCCCGUGGGAAUUCUGGGACAUUGGUGUUUCAUUUGGGAGUGUGGGGUGGGGAGAAUUUAUGGCUGUCAUUUUGUUCCAUGAACAAGAGAGCAGCAGGAAGCGGGUUGGGCAGGGAGGCUGAGACUGGUUGUGUCUGCAGCCUAACCGGCCCCUCUCUCUUUCAAGUGCUCUUAAGCUGAUAUCUUGUUUAGUUCUCCUGCUGGCAUCUGCAACAGAGAAGGAGAGGUACAGUUGGCAAUCAGCCCGAAUGGUAACGUGUAAAUGAAUCAGGAUGUUCCUUACUCGCUUCCGACACAGUGUAAUAACGAAGCCAUCUGUUGGGAGUCAUCUCAAGCCGGCAGCUGCGGCUUCCUCCCCUGGGAUCCGUUGAAGUGCCUUCACUGGGAAUCACUUUCUGCUCUCUGCUGCAGGCCAGCAAAGAGCAGCCCAGCUCCUUUUGUGCCUUUCCAAAACUGCCCGAGGUGCCUUGCCCGGUCCGAUGCUUGCUCGCUUCAUUCCCGCUUCGGCCAGCACUCGGAAGAAGCCUUACGACUGAGUCUGCCUGUGUUCAGAACUUUUAAAAUUAAAAAAGAAUCA